AUGCUAAGUUGGCUCGUACGGCUCACGCCCGUUGACUAUGCUCCCCAGCAAAGCGACCUACUUAGCAGACGACAAGAAGGCACGGCGCAAUGGCUGUUAGACUCAACCCCUUUCCAGGAUUGGGUCGAUCAAAACAUACAGACUUUAUUCUGUCCCGGCAUCCCGGGAGCAGGCAAAACAAUCUCCGCCGCAAUUGUUGUCGACUCGCUCUCCACGACCUUCCGACACGACAACGUUGGAAUUGCCUACAUCUUCUGUAACUUUCGAGUACAGCAUAAACCUGUCGAUCUUCUUACCACUCUACUCCAACAGUUGAUCCGGGGACGGCCAUCAGCACCACAAUGCCUAGAACAGCUUUAUGCCAGGCAUCAACCGAGAAGAACACAGCCUACGAUUGACGAAAUCUCGAAAACCCUGGAAUUGAUCGUCCAUGACCAUUCCAAAAGCUUCAUUGUUGUCGAUGCUUUGGAUGAACUUCACGACGCCGAUGGAUGGCGGACACAGCUUUUGACCGAGUUAUUCAAACUACAAGCCAUGACCGCAGUCAAACUCUUCUUCACUUCCAGGCCCAUUCCCGAGAUUGAGAAAAAAUUCGAUGGCAGGUGCACUAAAUUGGAGAUUCGUGCAAGCCCCGAAGAUCUGCUUAGAUAUCUUGAUGGACACAUGUGGAAGCUGCCAUCAUUUAUAUCUACUAACGCAGACUUGCAGAAGGAAAUCAAAACGGCAAUCGUCCAAGCAGCAGGCGGAAUGUUUCUUCUGGCACAACUCUAUCUCGAUUCCUUGAUCGGUAAGCGGUCGCCUAAAGCCAUCAGAGAGUCAUUGGGAAGGUUACGGAAGGGAUCCAAAGCGGACGACCGAGCAAAUCUCAAAGCUUACGACGAGGCGUAUCGCGAAGCCAUGGAGAGGAUCCAAUGCCAGGUUCCGGAUUCCAACACCCUGGCUAAGCAGGCUCUCUCAUGGAUUACUUGUGCCAAGCGGCCGUUGACCACGGUGGAAGUUCAACACGCAUUGGCUGUCGAGGUGGGCGAGUCAGAAUUUGACGACACGAAUCUCUCUGCGAUCGAAGACAUCAUCUCAGUCUGUGCGGGGUUGGUUACGGUUGAUGAUGAGAACAAGAUCAUCCGGCUGGUCCAUUACACGACACAAGAGUUCUUCGAACGGACGCAGAACGAAUGGUUUCCCCAGGCACAGGCCGAUAUUGUGGAUAUCUGCACCACCUAUUUAUCAUUCGAGGAAUUUGAGUCUGGGCCAUGCAAAGAAUACACAGAAUUUCUGGCACGACUACGAUCCUACCCAUUGUACGACUAUGCGGUGCAGAAUUGGAGACAUCACUUUCGCGAAUCAGGCGAUAACGACCGGUGGCGAAAGGUGCAUUUCCUUAGAAGUGAACUCAAACUGGAAGCUUGCAGCCAGGCUCUGUUCGGAGAUUUUGAGCAUGGGAUGCUGAUGGGUCGCCCCAGACCGGGGCUUAGGAGGCUCAGACGGAUACAGCUGGUGCAUCUCGGGGCAUGGUUCGGACUAGCAGACGUUGUCGGUAUGCUACUUAAGGAUGGGUGUGAUCCAGACAGUAUGACCUCGUACGACGAAACGACGCUGUCAUUUACUACGAGAAGAGGUCACGAGGAAGUUGCUCGACUCCUAAUCGAGAACGGUACUAAGGUCAACUCGGCCAAUUAUCGUGGAAUGACACCACUAAUGAUUGCAUCCGAGAACGGCCACGAGGGUAUAGUUCGCCUACUAAUUAAGAACGGUGCGAUAGUGAUUUCGACCAAUAACUUUAACGAGACACCACUGUUCAUGGCAUCCCAGUUCGGCUACGAGAGGAUAGUACGCAUCCUGAUCGAGAACGGUGCUGAGGUCAACCCGAUGAAUAAUGCUGAAGACACACCACUAUCAAUUGCGUCCCAGGAACGCCAUAUGGGUAUAGUUCGCCUCCUGAUCGAGAACGGUGCUAAGGUCGACUCGACAAAUCGUGGAAAGACGCCACUAUUCUCAGCUUCCGAGAAUGGCCACGAGGGGGUAGCUCGCCUCCUGAUCGAGAACGGUGCUAAGGUCAACUCGACUGAUGAAUUUUGCGAGACACCACUAUCAAUUACAUCCCGGUUCGGCUACGAGGGGGUAGUUCGCCUCCUGAUCGAGAACGGUGCUGAAACAGCUCCCAGCGGAGAUGAUCUCACAGAGUGA